AUGUUUAAAGCCAUGACAUCAAAAUCACCUAAAACAAAUCCAAUUCCAUCAACAGACGACGUACAAUAUGCAAAAAUGCGUAUCAUAUCUUCACCAGUCUUUCAAUUACGUGAUAUCAUACGUGCUCUAUUAACAUCUUCUUCACCAUCAUGUGAUCUUAUUUCAACAUUUUUAAGCUAUGGUCAAUUAUUAGGCGCAUCAUCAAUUCAUGGUUAUCUUGUUGAUCGUUGUUAUGAUACACAAACAUUAAUAAAUGAUGAAUUUUCUUCUUAUCAAGGUGUUGCAUUAUGUAUAACAUAUGAUAUUAAAUUAAGUGAACAACAAUGGGAAGAUAUAUUUGGUAUACAUGAAUCAACAUCAAUUAUAUCAAAAACUGCAUCAUCGUUUUUUCAUUUAACAGAUUUUUUAUGUAUAUUAAGUGGUUCACGUGUUGUUUAUUAUGAUCCAAAUGAACGUAUGAUAAAUGAUGAACGUGCUUAUGUAUCAAUAUUUGAUCUUGAAAAUGAUGAUAUUGAAAUGUUUCAAGAUCAAUUUUCUCCAUUAGAUCAUUUUUUAUUAAAAUCUAAAACAUUUUAUAAUGGUACAUUAAUACGUUUACCAUUACGUACAACAUCAACAACACAAAUAUCAACACAAAUACAAACAUUAGAUGAUAUUAAACAACAAAUAUAUAAAUAUUUUCAUUUUAAUAAUUCAUUAAUUGACUUAUUAUUAUUGCAAACAAAUUUAAAUACAAUUGAGUUUGAUUAUACAAAAGAUUUUCAAUUAUUUACAAGAUUUUUUUCAAUUGAAAAACAUUCAUUAGCAACUAUUUAUGAUACACAAUCGAAAACACAAAUUAUACAAUUGACAUCAUCAAAAUUAAAUAAUGAUAUCAAUACAAGUGAUGUAUCUCGUUGGCUUAUAUCAAUUCAUAAUGAUUAUAAUGAAAUCCAUAAAUUUAAAACCGAAUUAAAAUUAUUACUUCCAAUAGUUCCACUUUGUUCACCAUCUGAAUCAUUUGCUUCAUUAUCAGAAUCACAUAAUUAUCAAUCAAUCCAAAUAACAUCAUCACGAAUAUUAUAUUAUUGUAUAUCUCCAACAUUAAAUUUAUUUUCUAAGGAUGAUAUAUAUACACAAUUAUCUCAAAUAAAAUUUCCUGAAGCAUAUGCUUUAUUUCUAAAAGAUUUAUCAAGAUUAAUAAAUCCAACAACAACAUCAUCAUCAUCAAAUUUAUCAAUUGAUCUUAUUUGGGAAUUAAUGCCAGAUAUUGAUGAACAUCAACGUUUAUUUAAUGAAAAUCAAAAAUAUUCUAUACAACAACAAAAAAAUAUUCAAUUAAUUAAUAAUAUUAUACCUAGUAUAUGGGAAGAAAUAGGUAAACAAGAAUUAUUUUAUUCUGUAACUGAAGGUUGGGGUUAUGUAGCAAUUGAAGACAUGAUAAUUAAUAAUGUUGAACCAAGUCCAAUGCAAGACGUCUUAACAUAUGUAUUUUCAGAAGCAAAUGCUCCUAUUGUAAUAUUACCUUUUCAUGUAAUAAAUGGUUUAUGUAAAUAUUCUAAUAAACAUUAUUUAAAAGUCAUGACACCAUUUCAUGCAUCAAAAUUAUUAUCAGAUAAUUCUUCUGUACUUUCAAAUUUAACAUUUGAACAAAAAAUUUUAUUAUUAAAAUAUAUUAUAUUAAAUGAUCCUGAUCCAGAUUUAGUACUUGAAUUAGAAUUAUUGCCAUUAGCUAAUGAUACAUUUACAACAUUUCAAACAAAACAAGCAUCAAUUAUAUAUAUUGUUGAUAAUAAUUCUGAUUUUUUAAAAUUAUUUCAUACAAAGCAAUAUGAUAGAUUUUUAAAUCCAAAUAUCGAUCAAAAUUUAUUUGCUAAGUUAUCGUCAAAACGUUUUCAAGGUAAUCAAAAUCUUGUUUUUCAUUCUAUUUGA